CGGAAAUUCCCCAUUUAAAAGCGGCAAAAUUCAUUAUGCAUACAUUUCAUUGACAACAGUGUCACCAUUGAUUAAAACUCUAUUGAUUAUAAUCAUUAUAAAAUAUAAUUAGUUAACAAGCGUAUUGGAUGUAUAAACGCUUACAAUUAAUGAAGACAGGUUAGAAUAGAAAUGGAAGUUAUUAAUCAAAGAACUGAUGAGAUUUUUCAGUGCAACGUCACAUUUCAAACUAGCACAAAGCCAAUGGAUACAGAUGAAGCUUUUGAUUUUGAAGGACUUCAAAGCGUUGGACGCAAAUGUUUGAAAGAAAAAGACCACGAUAAGUUUAUUUCAUUUAAUGAACUUAGCAUCUCAGAUUUCCCGGAGCCAUACAGACACCUGAAUUUCCUAACACUAGCCAGGUCGUUAGGAGACUUGGUAGUGAAAAUUGAAUUGUCCAAAACAAGCCCCGAUAGACCAAAUAAUUUUCCUAGAUAUUGUCGUUUCGGUACUGGUAAAAUUACUUUUUCAAAGAUAAUCAAAGGAACUAAGUCCAGGCAUUGCAUAUGCAGAGAUUGCAGAACUAGCUCUGAACCACAGACUGAGUGGGCGGAAAUUAAAGUUACUACAGCAGCCCAUGUCAUAUUUAAUCUGUUUGAGGCUGAAAACGCCGUAUGCAUCCUUCACUUUAACCAAAAAGAUGCAACCAAUAUUGUCACUUUGAAAGAAAAAGAUACUGAAAAUGUUAGUGUGAAUAACGACAGGAGUACUGUUAUCUUUGUCACACAUGAUAUCAAGUUGGCUUCAACUCUAAGAAAGAGUAUCUACUUCUUUAAAAGACAACAUACAAAAAUAUUUAAUGAAUUUAACAUUUUAGCAGACCAUAAGUUGGCUAUAUUGAUCUCUCACCCUCAUGGCGAGCCAAAGCAAGUUUCCCUGGGGACCUACACCAAAACGGAAAUAGACGGGAAAAGAUUCAAAGACAAAGUCUACACUAAGUACACCUAUGAUCUCCAUUCAUGUCCAGGAAGUAGUGGGGCUCCACUUUACUUUCUGGGAAAAAAAGAUGUGUGGUCCUUGCAUCCACACAGUGGCAGCACAUCCAAUGGAAAUGCUGGAAACAUUGUGAGUACUGGACACAGCUCAACAGAAUGGGAAAAAGUUUAAAAAGCGAAAUCACUGGACACAGCCCCAUAGUAUAGGAAAAAAUGUAAUAAGAGGAUUUCACUUAUCAUUGACAUUAGUUUGUAACUGUUCUGCACAUUGUUUGAAAUCGAUUUCUAUUAAAGUCAUUGUUAUUGAGAAUAUCCAUUUGGAAACAUUUUUUUCGCAUUCUAUAUUUACUAGAGAAUAAAAUGCUCUAAGUUA